AUGACAGCUCGAGCUUCUAAGUCAUCCUUCACCUACACCUUCCAUGUCGGCUCCGGCUCCAAGUUCAUCCGCCUUCAUUUCUACCCAGCUUCAUACUCUUCUUUCAAAAGGUCAGCCGCCUUCUUCACCGUGAAAUCAGGUCCGUAUACUCUCCUCAACAAUUUCUGUGCGUUUCUACCCGUCGAUUCUCUUAAUCUGAAAUCAAUCGUAAAAGAAUUCACCCUUUAUGUCCCCGACGACGGUAAGCCCUUAUCAAUUACUUUCUCCCCCUCAAAGGAAAUCAUCCAUUCGGAUGAGACAUUUGCAUUUGUUAAUGGAAUUGAAGUUGUUCCCAUGCCUCUCGGACUUUACUACACCAUGGAGGGAGAUGGAGAUGCAGGGGCAUAUUUGGUAGGACAUAACUAUCGAUUUCCCCUGGGAAAAGACACUGCAAUGGAGAUGGUCUAUCGCUUAAACGUUGGUGGCAUCAAACUUUCAUAUGUUCAUGACCCAUGUAUGUUCAGGGAAUGGACUGAUGAUUCAAACUAUAUCAUGGAAUCAAGUGUUUUUCCCAUCACUUCCAUAAAUAGGAUCAAGUAUACGAAAACAUCUAAAGAUGGUGCACCACAAAGACUCUACCAGUCGUCUUGGUCAAUGAGGCGAAAUUUGCAAGAUGGCGAAGAAGUUAGUUUUACAUGGAAGUUGCCUGUCGAUUUGGGUUUCAGGUAUCUAAUUAGAUUGCAUUUUUGUGAGCUUGAUUAUGACGUAGUGAAAGAGGAUGUGCAUAAAGAAUUCAAUAUUCUUAUAAACAAUCACAUGGUUGAGUCUAGAGGAGACUUGAUCAAAUGGGGCGGUGAAAUUGGGGUUGCAAUACAUAAGGAUUACUUGACAACUUUAAGAGGAGACAGAAUGAUGGGAAAGAGAGACCUAGUUGUCGCUUUGUACCCACAACGAAGAUCAAUCAACUGA